CCAUGAUCGCCUCGUUACAGUUAAAGUGUCUGCUGAUUGCCAUUAUUUUGGGCAUUGCGUGUGCUCAACGCAUCCCGAGACCGCAUCGUGGAACAACGCGCGGAACGACAACCAAAAAGCCAACUUUGGACGAAAUUUCCGAUGAUUGCCCCGAACCUGAUGGAUUUUUCGCUGAUGCCGAGCAAUGUGACAAGUAUUAUGCCUGCAACGGAGGCAAAAUUAGCGAACGUUUGUGCCCCGAUGGAAUGGUCUUCAACGAUUUCGAUACGGCGCAGGAAAAAUGCGAUUUGCCUUACAACAUCGAUUGUAGCGGACGACCCAAAUUACAGAAACCACAGCCAACCUUGAACUGCCCGCGCCAAAAUGGAUAUUUCGCGCAUGAAGACGAAAGCAUCUGCAACAAAUUCUUCUACUGCGUCGACGGCAAAUUCAACAUGAUCGAGUGCCCAGCGGGUCUUGUUUUCAAUCCAAAAGUCGGAAUUUGCACCUGGGCCGAUGAAGCAAAACGCGUCGGAUGCGGAACGAAGGAAGUUUUCAACUUUAAUUGCCCGAAAGUCAAUGAAACGUUCGGAUUGACGCAUCCCCGUUAUGCCGAUCCCGAAGAUUGUCAAUAUUUCUACGUUUGCAUCAACGGCGAUACGCCACGUCGCAGCGGCUGCAAACUCGGACAAGUUUUCGAUGAUGUCGGUAAAAAUUGCAAAUGGGCAAGGGAAGUGCCGGAAUGUGCGGAUUUCUACAAAGGACAGUUGACGGACGAGCAAUUGGCUGAAUUGGAAAAUCCACCGACGCCGAAGCCAACGAAGAAACGCGGAUCGACAGCUUCGUCGCGUCGACGCCCAAGUAAGCAACCGAGAAGGCCAGUUGUUGAAGAGGAGGAAGAAGAAGAAGUUGAGGAAUAAGGAACCACCGGAGUAAAAUUUUUUUAGUGUUAAAUGGUCAAAAUACUCAUGAAAUAAAAUUUUUUGUACGAUUUUUUUUAAUAAUUGCAUGGCGUCUCCAUUUUAUUUGUAUAAAAAGUGAUUU